UAUUGAAAGCAUUGGGUUUCACUGACGAAGAGAUAGCUCGAAUGUUGGGCACUUGGCAAGUAUUGGCUGAGCAACGCAGCCGGUCGGAAGAAUCUUGCCCAUCGAUGCAGUCUUAUUCGGAAGAGUAUAUGACUCUCGAGGGUUUUUACUUGAUGAGUAAUUUCAGAAAUCCCUUGACGAAGGCCCUCAGCGACAUUACCAGCAAAAAGCCUUACAAUCCUGCUGAGUAUCUCGGUCACUGGCUUCUCAACUACAAGAUUUGUGAAGAGCGUGCACAAAAGCAGAAAGAAUUCGACGCUGAGCUUCAGGCUGAGAGAGAAAGACUUCGAAUCAAGGUGGUCUCUGAACCGGAGGACUUGGAUCGUGUCCAGGAUAUGGAAGAAGAGUUGGUCGAGGACUGGAAUUUUAUCGAUUACGAAGCGGACUAGGAUGCCUGCUUCAUAUGAAUGAAGGUUCCCGUCAUCUCAAUGUCGAUAGAAAUGAGUAUAAAGUAGGUAUACAGUAUGUAUUUAAAUAGAUAUACGUAUAAUUGAUUAAUAUUUUUUGUCCACUUUUUUGCUAUGUCAUCAUUGCCAAGAGAUAAAAUUGUACUCUCUUUUUUCUACACACGAAAAACCGUCAACUUAUUUACUAAAAGAAAUACUGAUAAUUGCGAAACACAGCCGUGAAUCAUUGCCCUUUUUGCAAUCGGAACUCGUAUAUAUUACAUAUCUAUGUAUACGCACAGCGUAGCUAGAAUGAAACAAAAAAAAAAAAAAACAAGCGUUGAUAUCUCCCG